CAAAGCAGCAAUGUCAGCGACUAGCUACAACAAUAAUAACAGCAACUGCAGCAGCAACAACAACAACAGUUGUUAAACAGCGCCCACUCCCCCUCUGCCCCGCACAUCACCAAUUAGAGCCGCAGAGUUACCGCAGCUUCCGUUCCGUUACUUUUGCAGCAAACAGCUGUGUGAGUCAGUGUGUGCGUGAGUGCGUGUGUCUGCGCGCGUGUGUGUGUCUGUGUGUCUGCAGGCAGACAAUUAACAGCAAGCAGCACAAAGUCCUGUUACUUCACAACGUUAUUAGCAACUAUAGAGCAGAGCAACUGUUAACAAACAUAUACAUAUACUUAUAUAUAUAUAUAUUCUACUGUCCUGUGUGCGCGCGGUUACAUAAAAAGAAAAUAUCAAAAAUUCACAAAGGCCAAUAACAAAAAAAAUUAGUCAUUCAUAAUUUAUUGAUUGUGUGCGAGCGUGUGCAAGCGCGUGUGCGUGUGUGUGUGUGUGCUUGUAGCUGCUACUGGCACAACUACAGCCACAACAACUAUCAUUUGAACGCAGUUAAACAAAAGUCGCCAAGUCGCCUAGUCCUGUUGUGGAGCCUGGUUGGCCAAAAAAAUCAAUAGACACCAGCAGCAGCAGCAGCAGAAGCAGCAGCAGUAGUAACAAGACAACGACAACGACAACAGGCUAUAAAACGCAGCAGCAACAACAAUAGUAAUAACGGAUAAUAGACGACAAACACAUACAAGCACAGAGCACAAAAAAAAGAGGGAGCAAGUGAGAGAGAGAGCAAGAAGUCGCAGCUCUCUUCAAGCUGACUGAGCAGCAUAAUCAUAAAAACAACAACAAGAACAACAAGAAAGAUGCACUCGGUGCCGCUGCUGUUGCUGCUCAGCUUGCUGCCGGCGCUGACGCUGACUGAGAACGCAACGCUAGCGUAUCCGCCCGCUGUCGAUGCCGGCGUUCUGGGCAGCCCAAUCAGCUUCAGCUCGAGCACAGCAGCGCCGCAGCUGGGCAAUGAGUAUGACAAUUUGACCGCCAGCAGCAACAGCAACAACAACAGCAACAACAGCAACAACGAUGCCAGCUAUGAGCAGAGCUACAGCAACCAGCAGCAGCAACAGCAGCAGGAGAUUACAUCCAGCAUUGGCGUCGGCGUCGGCGUCGGCGUGCCUGCUGCAGCUCUGCCGCCCAAUGCUAGUGGCAGCAGCGCAGCAGAGGUCGCUUUUGCCGCAGCACCAGCGCCAGCGACCGCAGCGCCAGCAGCGCUGCCGCAUGAGAUAAUUGGCUCGGCCACGCCCAAUAAGGGGGAGCAGGAGGCGAUAUUGCGUGCACUGGACUGGUUGAAGGAGAAGCGCGCCUCCGACUACGGCUGGGGCAAUGACACGCACGUGGUCAUACUGGCCAAGGAGCUAUCGGGCGGUCGGGAUCCAAACGAGAGCGCCGACGGGCAUCUGCUGGUCAUACAGGAGCUGGAGGAUACACUGUCCGUCAAGGAGAUGGAAAUCGAAAUACUGGCCAUGCUGGAUCGCCAUCAUACGCUGCCCAAGCCGCUAAAUCUGGACAAGCUGGCCCGCUAUGUGCUGGCGCUGGGCUCCCUGUGCAAGGAUCCCAAGCACUUUCACGGACACGAUCUGGUCGCUACGCUGCAGCACCAUGAGCCCGCCCAGGACAUUGAGUUCGCGUUGACCACGCUAUCCGCAUGCAGCUCGGCGGCGCAUGUGCGCAAGCGCCAGAUACGCCGCCUGCUGGACAUCGCCAGCGGCGUAACGGAUCAGAGUGUCGAUGCCAUUGCCAUGGUGAUUCUGGCGUUGCGCUGCAUUGUCACCGAUCAUCGGCAUCGGCAUUUGCAGCACUUUGUGCGGCGACCGGCACGCGGCCUGGCCAGCCUACAGGAUCAGCGCGGCAGCUUUGGUUCGCUGCGCAGCACCGCGUUGGCCAUGCAGGCGCUGCAGGAUCUGGAAUAUGAUCCGGCUGGUCACUGGAAUCGCACGGCUGCCUCGCGUUACAUACUCAGCCGGCAGCGUGCCGACGGCGGCUGGAGCGAGGAGCCGCUGCAGGAUGGCCAGGAGCCGGACAUUGGCGUUGGCCUCACCGCCGACAUCAUUCUGGCACUCGGCUGGAAGGGUCUCGGCGCCGUGCGCGCCCUCCAGUGCGACCAUGUCAUACGCGAGAGCAGCGAUCCCACAGAGAACGGCGAACCAAAGCUGGCAUUGCCCUUCGGACUCAGCUCCUCGGCGGAGGAAUCGGAUACCAAGAACAUCUCGUACACCUACACACUGUGGGUCGGCUCCAAUGUGACCGAGGCCUUUUCGCUGUCCCUGAUCUCGCCCAAAAACACGAGCUUCUUCAAGGCCAUGACCCAGGCAGCCGAAAUGGAUCCCAGAUUCAUGUUCGAGGCGCGCGAGUGGCCCAACGGACACUAUGUGCAUACGCUCUACGGCAAGAACGAGGAGCCGCGAGGAUAUCAUUACUGGCUGCUCUACAGGCUGCCCGAGUUGCCCGAUCCGAACAAUACGCCUGGGAAUCAGCUUAUUGCGCCUGUUGGUGUGGAUGAGCUAAUGGUCGAGGAUGGGGAGCACUAUCUAUAUUGGUAUAAGAAACUUUAAGCACGCACACAAGGAUUUGCCGGCCUUAGUCACUAAACUAAAGUUAAGCCACGCGGAGAGGAGGGUAGAGGAGUGUUGAGGAGAGGUGAGGAUGUGGCAGCCCGAGCUGCAAGGAUAACACAGAUAGCAAGGAUAACAACUACAAGAGCAACUGUAACAGAUGCAACUACUACAACUGCGCGCAUGCAUAUGUAUAUGUCUACGUGGUUUUCAAUAUACGUAUACACACACACACGCACACACACACACACACACA